AUGAGCACAUUAACAUCGGUACCAUUCUAUUUGGUACGAGUUUCUAAAAUUUUAAAAGUAUUAGUAGCUUUAAUUACAAAAAAUUAUUUUGGAUUAUCAUAUUUAGAUGAUGACAUACCCUAUAUAUAUUUCUGCAUUUUAUUUGCAUUUGGAUUUAUAGUUCAACAUGGAUUUGGCCUUCUAGAAAAGAAAGAAAUAAAAAAGAUGGAAGCGAGAUUAGAAAAAAUAAGAGAAGAAGCCAAAGUAAAUGAACAAAAUAACAACAAUAAUAAUAAUAAUAAUAAUAAUAAUAAUAAUGAUGAUGAUGAUGACGAUGUAUUUUAUGAUGCACUUGACACAUUCGAUUCAUCUCAAGAAUUAUCACUUGCAUCUAGUGAUUCUCCUCCUUUGGAGGACACACAAAUGAAGGAAAUUAAUAAAUAG